AUGUGGAGCAUAUACUUGAAGCACACGCAAACACACACACACGCUGAGAAGUCGCCUCGCGUGCGCUGUACUUGAGGCCAGCAGGGAGGAGCGGCAGGUGUUUGCAUUGGUGACAUUGCACAAAGUCAAGGAAGCAGAACAUCCGGGAUGGCUGGGAAGAGACGAGGCCGGGGGAGCAACGUCCAGCAGCAGAACGGCCCACAGAGGCAAAGCCGAGGCCCACACAGGGCUCUGAGGGAGCCAGCUGCUUUUGCCAAGUCUACAGGUUAUGAAUCAGAGAUCCCACAUGAAAAGUUAACCAUCGCCCAGGCGCGAAGAGGCACACCAGCUCAUCGUCCGGUGAGAGUCUAUGCCGAUGGUAUCUUUGACCUUUUCCAUUCGGGACAUGCUCGCGCCCUGAUGCAGGCCAAAACUGUCUUCCCAAACACCUUCCUGAUAGUAGGAGUCUGCAGCGACGAACUCACCCUCAAGUUUAAGGGCUACACGGUGAUGACCGAGGAUGAGCGCUACGACGCCCUGACGCACUGUCGCUACGUGGACGAGGUGGUGCGGGACGCUCCCUGGUCCCUUUCCACAGAGUUCCUCAAGAAACAUAAGAUUGACUUUGUGGCCCAUGACGACAUCCCGUACACCUCUGCUGGAUCAGACGACGUGUACAAACACAUCAAGGAAGCAGGGAUGUUCGUGGCCACCCAGAGGACAGAAGGCAUCUCCACGUCUGAUCUGAUCACUCGUAUCGUCCGAGAUUAUGACAUCUAUGUGCGGCGCAACCUGCAAAGAGGCUACACGGCACGAGAGCUGAAUGUUGGGUUCAUUAAUGAGAAGAAAUACCUGCUCCAGGAACAGGUGGACAAGAUGAAAGAGACGGUCCGUACAGUGGAGGAAAAGUCCAAACACUUUGUCUACAAAGUGGAAGAGAAGAGCCAAGACCUCAUCCACAAGUGGGAAGAAAAGUCGCGAGAAUUCAUUUGCAACUUCCUGAAGCUUUUUGGACCUGAUGGGACCUGGCAUGCGAUCCAGGAGCGCAGUGGCCGCAUGAUCCAGGCCCUGUCACCUUACUCAUCACCCCGAGGCUCCCCGGGCAGCAGUCCCACCCGAAUACGCUCUGUUUCUCCUGACUCCUCACCCGCCUCUGCAUCCCCCUCCUCUCUCUCCCCUCCUUCCUCCCCCUCCUCGAGGAAAAGGGCCACACGCUCCUCUCGCAAAGCUGCCUCCACGAGCAAUGUGCAAUAAAACCUGUCAUGAAUCUGU